AUGUGCAAGUGUCCUGCGAACAAUUCGGUCAGUAGCAAAGGCCCUCUCUGGAAGAAUUUCAAUACCGGAGCUGCGCUAGGCGCCGAUGAGUAUCUCAAGAACCACGCCCAGUACCAGUACCAGUACGUUGCUCCUAUGCCUGCCAUAAGGGGUAACUCAGGUAGAGGUCGUGGUUGGGGGAAUCAGCAGCCAGGACGGGGCCGUGGAGGCGGAGGCGGGGCUGAAGGCGGAGGUCGCGGUCGUGGUGACAGUCAUGGUCGCGGUGACAGCCAUGAUCGCGGUGGCAGUCGUGGUCGCGGUGUCAGUCGCGGCGGUGGCCGUGGAGGGUUCAGCAACACCGGAACCAAUCAACGUGUGCCUUGGACUGCAGUGGCCAACUACAGCAAUGCUACAACCGGUACCGACAUGCACUAUCCUCUGCCUGAAGAUCUCAGUAACAAAGCCCCCGUCGGCGAUGGCAAGGCAUGGACCUUACCGGGGGAUAUGACCGACCGAAACAACGUACUCACACUCAAGGAAGACUCGAAAUAUCCACUUCGGUCGAGCUGGUUUACGAACGCUGACAAGGACGUCAUCCUUACCAAUCACUUUGAGUACGAGCUUAGUGCCGACAAGUUCUACGAGUACAAAAUUCUGGAUAUGGGGACGAAGAAUCGCAAGAAGCUGAAAGUACUCAUGCAGAACGCUAUCAACAGUUGGCCCUUCCUGAAUUCCAACCAAGCAUCGUUUGCAACCAACGGGAUGGACACGAUUGUUUCGUGGAUACCAUUGCAUACCGACUUAAAGGACGGAGAGGCCGUUGAUGAUCACUCGAUCGAGUGGGGUUCUCAUAGAAUCCCUCUCGGGAACGAUUUCGUCUCGACUCGAUUCAAGUUCGUCAAGGCGAUCGACACCCAUGGUCUUCGACGUUAUGCUGCUGCCGAUCCGAACUACGAACACUACAACUUCAACGACAUAGCUACGUGUCUCAACAUCGUCAUCUCCAAGAGCUUCAGUACAGAUGUGCACAAGUUGUCAUCGAACAAGUUCUUCGUCAAACGCGCUCGCAGUACACUCAAUAACGGGACAACCGAGAACGAUUCCAACUCAUUGGAAAUCAUUCGCGGCUACUACUACAACGUCAAGCCUGGUAUGGGAAACAUCAUAUUGAACUUCAACAUCUCCACCAGCGCCGUCUUUCGACCGAUACUUGUGAGCGAGUUCAUGGCGGACUCCGAAACGUUCGCGGCUGAUAGACGUGCGCACAUUCUGGCUGGAAAGACCGUGUACAUCCACAAGGACCGCAUCGACAGCGAUAAAGACAAGGAAGCUAGGCUGAACGACGAGAGUUCUCGGUAUUGGAAGGUCUUUGAGCUCCAGAAUGAUGGUGGAAAUAUUGACAGCCUAGUCUUCUACAAGAAAGUUUUGGAUGACAACGGGAAGCCCCGAACGAACGAUAAAGGAGGAUACAUACUGGAGCAACAGCCUACGAAAGUGGAGUUCCUUCGUAUCGUACCUUACCAGCCCUAUACUCGGCCGGUGCCAGACGCGUACACCUCCUCUAUGGUCGACCAGGCAUGUCGUGAUCCAGCGGUCAGCCGUGCAUACAUCGAAAAAGAAGGCCUGGCCAGCAUUGGGUUCACCACUAAUGACAGCGCCGUUGCCUUCGGAGCGAAUAUCCCCGUCAAACUGAUCCCCACCAUGCUCCAGGUUCCACAUCAUGUCUUGGGUAUGCCAGCAGUCAAAUACAGUAACGAUACCACCACCGGAACAAUUCAGGCGAAAAAGCAAUCUCACUGGCACUUCCCGCCGAACGCCACACGGUUCCUGUAUACGAAUCAGAGCAAUCUGGGUAGCUUCAAAUACGCCAUACUGUUGGGUGAAGGCGUUUUCAAGAGUAAGAGACAAACGUUCAAGACACGGAUCACCAGUCAGAUCGCCAAAUGCGGCUUCCAAGUCUCUCAGGCAAUGGAUGUGUCCAAUCCUGGUCUUGACGAGCCUCUCAGAACGAUGGAGCUUGGAUCAAUCAAGGAGAAACUCGAAGAGGCCAAGAAGCUUGGUGCUGACUUGGUCGUACUCGUGCUCCAGAGCUACAACGUUGCCGCAUACCGCAACUUCAAGAGUCUUACAGACAGAGAUUUGGGGAUGCAAUCGGUUUGCAUGACGCUGAAGCGAGGUCGCGAGGAGGAAAUAACAACCAACAUUAUGAUGAAGGUCAACCUCAAGUUCGGCGGUAUCAACCACGGAGUCACAAUGGGCGCUCAACUCUCUGCCACCAUGGUCAUAGGUGCAGACCUAAUCCACCCAGGACCAGGCUCAUAUCCAGGCACACCAUCUAUAGCUGCUGUUGUGGGUUCAGUCGAUCUAUAUGCGGGCAAGUGUCUUGGAUCUUUACGACUGCAAGAUGUUCACAAGACAGAUCGAGAGAUCAUCGAUGAGAAGUCUCUCAAAGAAAUGGUUCUUGAGAGGUUGAUGGCCUGGAAAGAGUUUGGUCUCGGUGUUGUCAACGAGCUUCCUAACAACAUCAUCUACUUCCGCGACGGCGUUAGUGUCGGACAUUAUGACAAAGUCAAAGAAAUCGAACAUCGAGCUGUUCGCGCCGCUUACAAAGAGGCCAGAUCGCAGCGUAACCUCCCAGAACAAGAGCUCAAGCUUGUCUCUGUCAUAGUCACGAAGCGUCACCACACUCGAUUCUUUCCACAGAAGCCGGAGGAAGGAGAUAGAUGGGGCAAUAAGAACACCCAUCCUGGUACCUGCGUCGACAAACUCGUUACAUCACCCUACUAUCAAGACUUCUUUCUGCAGUCUCACAGUGGAAUCAAGGGCACAGCAAAGCCUACGCAUUACUUCGUGCUCGAGAACGAGAUAGAGCUCUGCAAGCUUGAAGGCCUACGAGAUCUAAUCCAUAACCUCUGCUACUCAUAUGUUCGCACCAUGGGCGGUGUCUCUUACGUCUCACCAACAUACUAUGCCGACCGGCUAUGCGAGCGAGGACGUCUCUACAUCCGCAAAUACUUCAUCGGCGACGACAAAUCUCUCUGGGACGACUUUGGCGCCGAAAAGAAGCGACAGGAAGACAUCUGGAGAGAUGCGCGAGCCAAGAUCUACGGGACAGGAGAACGCAAGAAGAGUUCCAAAGAGCGACAAGCGGAGAAGGAUGAUUCGGAGAAGGUCAUGACUCACAUGAAGGACUGGAUGCUCAAGAAGGUUGAGAAUGAGUUCUACAUAUUCAAGGAUCAUGCGGACGAGAGCAAGAGGUGGAAUAAUCCUUACUCCAAGGAUCUGGCGCAGACGAUGUUCUGGAUGUGA